AUGAGAUUAAAGGUGGUGAAACGUAUUGUUUCCUCUUCUGCUAGUGGAUCCUCACCAACAUUGCGAAAAUAUUCAUCAUCCGGAUCAAUUAAAUUAUCUACCACAACUAUUUCUUCUGCAUCAUCAUCAUCCAGUGUUGGUGCUAAUACAAUUGUUGGCUCCUACUCUUCAUCGGCAGAUCAUCAUCAGGAAUUAUUUAUUUGUUUUUAUCAUGAAACAACAGAGAGAUGGAUUGUCUUGACAGAUUUGAUUAAUCACUUAUCUACCAUGUCAAUAUUUUGGAAUGAUUCACAGAGUAUGGAUGAACCUCCAUCACCUUCUAAAAUUCUAUCAUCGGGGUGUAUGGGACAUCAUAAAGAUCAUUUAGAAUUGAUCAAAUCUUCUAUGGAGAAGAAUUCACGUAUUGGUUCUGAUAUGUGUGAAUUUUUGAAGUUCUACAAGGAACAUGGUGAUCAGAUCAAGGCAUUCCUUCUUCAUUGUCCUGAGUUGACCAUUGAAUUGAAGGAUUUGUUGAGAAAGAACAAACAUAGAGAUAUGUUUAUUGAUGGAACCGAAUUCAGUGAUGCAAAAACAUCAACAGAUGUUGCCUCUGACUGUCCAUAUCAAGAUUUAUUACCUUUCAAACCAAAAUCCUUCAGGGACGCUUCAUUGUGGCUUUCACAUAAUAUUAGAGCAGCAAGAGGAUUGGCAAAGAUGACACUUCCACUUGCUUAUUAUUCUGUAAUUUUCCCAUUUGAGAAUAUCUUUCCAAGGAUUACAUUCCCAGUUUUCAAUCCUUCAAAAUCAUUCUUUGAUCAUCCAAUUUUCUAUAUUGGAAAUCCAUUGACAAUGUAUGGAAAUGGGGCUGAGAUUCCAUAUCCACAUUUUUGUAAGAAUUUGGACUAUGAAUUGGAAGUUGGAGCAUAUCUUAUUAAACAAAUUAGAAAUGCCAGUGCUGAAGAAGCUGAAAAUGCAAUUGGUGGAUUUGUCUUAUUGAAUGAUUUUUCAGAUCGUAGUAAUCAAUUUAGAGAAAUGGACAGAUUUGGACCAUACAAAUGUAAAUCAUUUGGUACAGGGUUGGGCACUGUUGUAGUUACACCUGAUGAAUUGAGAGAUGAAUGGAAGAAUGGUGUUCAAGGACAGGUGUUGAUUAAUGGUAAGAAAGUUGCUCAAAGUGAUAGAGUCACUCUCAUCAAUAAUGGAGUUGAUAAGCAAUACGGAGAGGCUCCAUAUUAUACAUUUGGAGAAACUAUUGCUUAUAUUUCUUCAUCGGAGACAAUCUAUCCAGGUGAGUUGGUUGGAUCUGGUACAUUGCCAAAUCUUGCUGGUAUUGAAAACGACAUAUCACUCAAGGAGGGUGACAGUGUCACUCUUUCUAUGGAACCUUUUGGAAAAUUGACUCACAAAAUUGGCCAGAAAGAGGAAAUUCCAGAAAAUCAUUGGAGGAGUACACAAAAGAGAGCCAGAAGAACCAAGCCAACCAGUGCCUGUUUGACAUUUUUGAUGUACUUGUGCUUCUUCUUAUCAAUUCUAAUUGGAUUUUUGUUUUAUACACCACCAAGUGUUGAUACUCCGCAAUGGGAUGUACCAAAAUCUGUUCCUUUUGACAAGUUGUCUGCUCCAAUCUAUAACAUUCAACAUUCUCUAAAUUUGGAUCCACUAUAUUCGAAAGGUUUUUACUCUUCACCUGAAUCUACCUUGAUUCGAAAUGGAUAUUUGUACAGCGGUCUGUCGGAUGGUACUAUUAGCAGAGUGAAAGUUUUGGCCAGAAAAUCAACUAGUGGCUCCACAGAGUUUGAUUUUGGAACACCAGAAAUUGUCAUAUCAAUGAGGGUUUUAGGUAAGGAGCCAAUAACUCUAGAGGAAUGUCGAAUUGGAAAGAAAGAAAGCGAAAACAAAUGUGGUCGUCCACUCCAACUCAAAUUUGAUGGAAGAGGAGCUCUAUAUGUUGCCGAUGCUGUUUUUGGACUCGUAAAGGUUUAUUCAAAGAAUUCAGAAGAUAUUGAAACUAAAGGUGGUUCUUUGGCUAGUGAUCUUCAAGUUGACAGAUUGGCCAAUAUUCCAUUCGCUAAUACUCUCGUUAUUCAAGAGCCAUACAUUUAUAUUACCAUGACUUCUUCAAAGUUUGGAAGAAAUGAACAUAUACUCGAAGUUUUGGAUGGUGGUGGCAAUGGAGCUCUAUUCAGAUAUGACAUGAGAAAUGGAGCUACUGAAACUUUGAUCAAUGAAUUGCACUUCCCUAAUGGUAUGGUCUUCUACAAGAAUUCACUUUAUUUCGCUGAAUUGACUAGAUAUAGAAUUACUAGAUAUGAACUCACCACACGUAAAGUAACUGUUCACAUGGAUAACUUGUCAUGCAUUCCAGAUAAUUUCUCUUUCAUUACCAAGAAUGAAAAACCACACGUUUGGAUUGGAUGUUCAGGACCUCGUAUCCCAUUCUUGGAUUUCCUCCAUAAAAAUCCAAUCGCUGCCAAGCAACUUUCCAAAAUCAAAGCUAUAAUGGAACCAAUACUCUCUUUCAUUAGAAAACCAAUUGGCCAUGCCCUUCAAGUUAAUUUGGAGGAUAAAAAAGUGAGUAGAGUAUUGCAAGAUUUGAGUGGAAAGCAUUUCCAUCUGAUCAGUGAGGUAAUUGCUGCUAAUCUUGUGCCAUCUAACAAUUCUGAAUGGCCUUUACAAUUUGAGGAAGCACAUGAAGAUUCUCCUUCCCAAAAUUAUUACAUUAUCGGAAAUGUUAAUUAUGGAGCUAAAUUGUCUAUUGUUAAUCCAGUCGAAUCUGAAUAAAUUUCAGCUUCGUUACACCCCACUAUCAACAUUCCACUGUGUAACUGCGGAAAACGUUGUGUUGUACAAAAUGCUAAAAUUUAUUUCGAUUUCC